CGCAAAAUACUGUUUGACCGUGUAGUACAUGAUUGUGGAAAAGUGACGUAUUAUCCAAAGAACAGCUUUAACAGUCUACAUAUCACCACCUGAAUUCUUCCAGAAUGACGUCACAUGCCCCAAACCUACCCCCUCCCCUGACUGGUAACCCGGGGCAACCUGGGCUUUUGUUUAUUGUUGCUGAGUUGCUCCAAACUUCGUUGGACAGGAGUUGCGCUACUAACUAUGCCUCCUAAAAAAGAUGGAAAGCAAAAGGCUGAAAAAACAGCUACUCUUGGAGAGAAUACUGCACAGGAUAAUGCCUUAUCUGAGGGUGGUAAAGAGUUCUACCGGGCUCAAAUACGAGACUUAGAGGAGCGACUGGAAAAGUAUCAGCACAAGUGUGACGAGCUGGAGGUUCGCCAAAAGGAUUUUUCUACUAGUUAUAACAAUGUAGUGAGAGAGAAGCAGGACAUAGUGCUCUAUUUGAAGCGCACCUUGUCCCAAAAAGAGGAUGAGCUUGCUGAUAUUUCAGAGAAGUAUCAGGAGCUCCAAGCAGCCAAAGAUGCAGAGAAGGAGUCAUUUGACAGGCAACUGAGUGUGCUUCGGAGUGAGUUUCAGGAGACCAGGGAUAAGCUCAUUUCUGAGAAUAUGGUCUUAGCAGGAAAACUUGCAUCUCUUGAGGAUUUCCAGAUGCAAAAGGAUGAAAUUAUGGGUCAGAUGGAGUCUCUGAAAGAACAACUGGAGCACCAGAGACAAGAUCAUCAAAGUGUCAUCUACAACCUGGAGAAAAAAGCUGUACUGGACAACUACAAAUUAAAGAAAGAGAUGCAGCAGCAUAUGGCUACUGUUGCUGCUGAGUUUCACAAAAUCUCUGACAAAAAGAUUCCAGAGACGACAAAGAGGGCCAUCCGCGAGAAUAUGAUAGCGAUGACCCGACUCAGGCAGAUUUCAGACACAACAAAAGAGCUGAUGGAGGAAAAUGAUGCUCUAAAAGACAAAGAGAAACAACUCAAAAGAGAAAUUGAGAUCAUUGAACCAUUAUUGAAUGAAAUGACCAGGAAAAGUCUUGCAAAUCAAAAGGUGGUGCAGCAGCUGACAGAGAAAUGUAAGCUAAUGCAUGUUGAACUUGAAGACUAUGCCAGCCAUAAACAAGAACACCAAAAGCUGGUGAACAAUCACUCCACACUGCAGAAAGAACUCAAUGCCCUCAGACAGGAUCAUAAAUCAGCUAUGGACGAGCUCAAUCAGACAAAAGUGGAAGCUGCAAGACUGAAAACAGAGCUUCAGGAGGAGAGGACACAGCGAGGAUAUGUUGAUACAGUCCUCCAAGAGGCAGCGAUGGCUUUAAAGGAAGCAUUGAAAGUAGUAAAUGAAGUGCCUAGAGAAGAGGUGUCAGAAGUGCAGACCUUUGCGAUGAGGAAUCAAAUGAUGCAGAAGCUGAUGGCCAUAUUGGACAGUGCAGAAGCCAUCAGCAAAGGAAGCAAACCUGCCCCCUCUCAUUUUAUCCCUACAAAAGAGGACCCUCAUGAAUCUAUAACAGCAGGCAUGGAGAGAAAAUCAGGCAUACCUGCUCCAACAAAGGCUACUCUUCACUUCAGGACCCGAGACCACGGGUUCAUCCAUUGCCAAACACGCACAGAUAACACUGUUAUGUCCAAGAGAGUGACAGGAAACAGAAAACUCAAAAAGGGAAUGAUACUUCAAAAGCCCUUGGCUGAGAAGGACACUGGUCCUCUACAGCCUGAUUCUGUGAGAGGAAGUCAAGUUUAAUGUUAUAAACCUUUGAAAAUAAAAGACAGGAUCUGGCAUCCGCUUAUAGCUGUGUGAGGAGGCUAGAGAGAAAACCAGACACCUUCUGUACAGAUGGAUCAAACAAUUGUGUAAUUUGAACAUUAUUUAUCAUUGUGUGUAAAAAAUUUUUUUUCCUACCUAAAAAUAUACAGACACUAGAUGGCGGCACGGCAUCCUUUAUUUUUGAAUCUGUUCUUAAGUAUAAACUUGAUCUUGAGCUAUAAGAUGGUUUCUGUUUACUCAGUCCUGGAGGUCUAGGUGAGAGAAAAUAAUUGAAUACAUUCAACAAAAGAAAAAAAAAAGAACAGAGAUAAAGAUUAUUUGACAUUGCA